AGAACUAACGCGGUAAGGCAGUCUAGUCACGGCGACGGUGAAGCAUGGAUUGUUGUCGAAUCGUUUCGCGUUACGGUUCGAUUUGCUUGGGAAUAUUGAUGUUUCUCCUUGGAUCGUUAUCGAUAUCGACAUCAACGACCGGAGUAUCAGGAAACUGAAAAUUAAAAAUCGAUUCGUUAAAAAGAAACCGUGAUCGAAACCGUCAACGUGAAAAUGAAGGAAAAGUGCGCCUCGUUAAACGUAUUCGAAGUGACGGUUUUUUGCUUAAUACGAUCAUUGUAAAUUCGGUGAAUUUUGUGCAAUAAAACUGACCUGUACGUAUCGAAGCGUUUGGAGUAUCAUUCGAUGAGUCAAAAGUCAAGAGGAUUCGAAAGUACAAUUUUCCCGUGUUUUCCUCUAUCGCUGAUGUCCCGGUGGUCACGACACGCAAUGACGAAUGAAUCGUGAAAGGAAUUAAUGCGCCAUCGGAAGUGGAAAUCUGAAUGAAUCACUGGGAACCAAUAAAAAAGAUUCGUCAUCAUCGAAAUGGAGAAUUUAACCACUUCCGAGAACGAUGCGGAAAGCACGAUCAUCGAUGGCGAACUAUCCAGGUUUCCGAAGCAGCUAAGGACAUUUGCAGCUGUAGUUGCCAUUAUAAUCAUGAUCGUUGGCCUCGCCGGUAAUUUACUCACUAUCGUUGCUUUAUGCAAAUACCCGAAAGUUCGUAACGUUGCCGCAGCUUUUAUUAUAAGCCUCUGCGUGGCGGACUUUGUAUUCUGCCUUCUAGUGUUGCCAUUCGAUUCCAUUAGGUUCGUGGACGCGAGUUGGGCGAACGUACGAUUUCUUUGUGUCCUUGUACCUUUCUUAAGGUACGGAAACGUUGGAGUGAGUCUUCUGUCUGUUGCAGCCAUAACUAUCAACAGGUAUAUCAUGAUAGCUCAUCACGGUUUAUAUAGUAAAGUUUAUAAAAAAUAUUGGAUAGCUUUCAUGAUAGUAUUCUGUUGGAUUUUCUCUUAUGGAAUGCAAGUACCCACCCUGUUAGGAGUUUGGGGCAGAUUUGACUACGAUUCAAACCUUGAAACUUGUUCCAUAGUGAAGGAUAACAAUGGUCACACGUCGAAAACAUUCCUUUUUGUGAUGGGUUUUGUGAUACCUUGCGUUAUAAUCGUUGGAUGCUAUACCAAAAUAUUCUGGGUGGUGCACAGAUCGGAGUCAAGAAUGCGAAAACACGCAACCCCUACGAUCAAAUCGCCCCAUACACCGAGAAGAGACGUCAGAGAGAUUAAACAAAGACGCAGCGAAUGGCGAAUCACAAAGAUGGUCCUUGCCAUUUUUCUCAGCUUUGUUGCUUGUUAUUUCCCGAUUACUAUUGUUAAGGUUAUCGACGUGGAAGUUAAAUAUCCAGAGUUUCACGUUUUGGGCUACCUACUAUUGUACUUUGCCUCCUGCGUGAAUCCAAUAAUUUACGUGAUCAUGAACAAACAGUACAGACAAGCGUACGCCGGUGUGAUUAGUUGUUCACGGAUAAGGACCAGUUUAACGCCUUACGGUAGCAGCGCGCCGGGACAACAACAUCAACAGGACUACGGCCAAGAUUAUUCGAAGGAUUUUAGUAGGACCAUGGUGUCGACGGUAUCCAUCGCGAUGAAUCCUGUAAGAAAUUCUCAGUUCGAGGAAGGUCUCUGAAUAUUCGAAUAACCACUGCCCAAACAUGCAAUAAAUAAUAUGUAUCAAAAUUAUAACCAAUGGCUAAAGUAUGAAGGAAGGAAAAAAGAAAGAAAGACAAUGACUGAUAAGCAGUUGGGAGAAAACCAAAAAUAUGAAUGUAAAUAUAAUAAAAUAAACAUUAAUCUUAUCGUUAGUGAGGCACAGCAGAGCUAUGCUCUUAGAUUCAUCUCUCAGUAAUUUACAGGUAUGACUAAAAGUAUUGUAUAAAUUAUUUGUCGAAUUAAGGGUUGUAUAAUAAUAUAAGAGAAUUUUAUCGUGUAGGUAUAGAAAAUGUUUGUACAAGACGUUUUUGUAAAUUUUCAAACAUACUCGAGCAACGAAUCACUAUUUGUCGAUAGACAAAUUAAACGUUAAAGUAUUAUUUAAUCCUUUAGAGUCUAGAGCAGUGGCGGCUCGUAGCUAAAAUUAGUGGAGGUGCUGCUCCAGAAAAUUGUUAGUCUUUGUUUUAAAAAACCGGCACUGCGGGAGCUUCAGUGCUCUCUCUCUCCCGCGCAGCCUCGCGCGCAGCUUCCUAUGUGCGCAUGCGCGCACAGUCAGACGCCACGCCACUGGAACUGUGAAGCGCAUAGUUCCACACAAAGAUUUUUGUAUCUUUUUCAUAAACUAGGGGAUGGUUACUGACAUUAAGCUUAAGGAUUAUAUAUUGUACAAGUAUAAAGAAAGAAUUAAAGAAAAAAGGACUCAUUAUAUUAAAUAUUAUCGAUAAUAUCAAGUGGAAAUAGGGGGUUCUGCAGUUCCACAGUGCCUAUACGCGAACCGCCACUGGUGUAGAGUCUAGGUUCGACAUUCUACCAAAGGUUAAACAGUAAAAUGCAUAUGUACAUAAAAAAAUAAAUUAUAUAUCGAUUGUUGAA